ACCGCCGUCCCCCUUCUUCCUCGGCUCCCGGAGCAUCGCGCGUGUUCCUGCCGCUGUCUCCGCCCCGGUCCCAGUCUGUGGCCAUUGGGUCUCCUUCCUUCCUCUGAGGGAGGGAGGGACCUUCACAAUUUCUGGGCACACCAUCUAGAUCAGCCCCUGCCCGAUGGAGCGGUGCAGGAUCUGGUGGCCGCGCCAGCAGCGUCAGCCAGAGCUGGAGGAGUCCGUGUCCACCAGAUAUGUCAUGUUCGGGUGGCUCUUCCCCCACGCGGGCUCUGUCGACAUCGUCGUCUCGGCGUUUGUCUCCGAGGGAGAGAUCUUGCGGUCCUUCCCCAGCCUCGACACGUUACAGGCGACCAUCCUUUCCUCAGAUAAAAGGAUGCCAAUAACACUACAAGAAUCUGCAGCAUUUACCAUCCUUGGGGAUUGUGUUAUGCAUCUUCCAAGAGAUUUUGAAGCCUGCUGUGUUAAAGAAAAAUAUCGGCUGUUGCAGACUCAAGCUGUUAAGACAAAGCAUUCUGCCAAAAACCAAGACAGUUCUGUUGUAUUGAAUGGAUCAUUGGGAAGUGAAGAUCAAGAGCAAAGCAGAAAUAAUAGAAAAUGGGAAUGUGAUUGUAGCGUAUUAGAUGGUUUUCUGGAUACUUGCAAGAAGUCAGUAGUUAAAGGUGGCAACUGGGUGCACUUUUGCUGUAAGCCUGAAAAGUGCUUCAAAUGUAAUGUGAGCCAAAUUCCAAUGCUUCAGCAUUUGUAUCUUGAUGACCAGAAUGUUGAGAUUAAUCAUUGCCACGUCAUACUUUAUGAUGUUCCAAUUGCUGGUAGAAACCAUUUUUCCCAGGGGGAUGAUGCUCCUCAUAGUUUGAAGCCCCCCUUCAAGAAGCCGAAUUGGAUAUGUGAUCUGCAAAAAAGACCACCAGUUCUUGAUUUGGAUCCGAUUGUUUUGGCGCUUAAUUGCUCAAAUGCAGCUAGAGUACCAGUUUCUUGGAAAACUGCGAAUAAUAGUUCUGCAGCUCAUUUCUUGCUUGCAACUGUGUUUGAGGCCUUAGUUCAAUUGUUGCAACAUUUGACCGGAAUAGUUUUGGCUUCAGUAUUGACUAUUGUCUACAUCUUCAUUCAACUGUUCAGAAAAUGUUUAAGCCAUGUGUCCAAGUACUCCAUGUUACAAAAGGUCUUCAGACACUCAUGGAAAAACAUGCAUCUCCGUUGUUGCCAAAUUCUGUAUUUGCCGGUUUCCCUUCAAGACACCUCCUUAAGCUCCUCUGUGAAUGUUGAAUAUGCACACAAAGCUGCAAUUAAGAAGCAUGCGUUGUGGUCAAAUAUUAUCAUGGAUCUUCUGAUGGGUUUCAUCCUUGGAACAGCAUUAUUGUUAAACAUGGAGACUAUUUGCUCCUGGACUUUUUCUCUUCUCCACUACAUGACAGAUGCUGUCCUGAGAUCUGGUUGUGUGUGGCUGAUGGGUGUUCCAGCAGGCUUUAAGCUGAAUACGGAGUUAGCAGAACUUCUAGGCAUGAUUUCUCUGAAUGCAAUCCAAAUUUAUUCUACCCUUUGGUUCAUGUUGGGAGGCUUCCUGAAGCAUAUAAUUCAAGGCCUUGCAUUUUCUGGAAUCCUUUUAGGUUUCACAGUUCCUGUUUCAUUCUUCAUAGACAUUAUCCAGCUUGCGACAUUACAUGUUACCCUGCUUCAGUGGUUAAUCUCCUUAAUAUAUUCAAGGCAGAUUCAGACAGUGACAUCGUUGUGGCGUCUUUUCAGAGGGCGCAAAUGGAAUCCUCUUAGGCAGAGAUUAGAUAGCUAUGACUACACAGUUGAACAACAUGUGGUUGGUUCCCUGUUGUUUACACCAGUCUUGCUUCUUCUACCGACAGCUUCUAUAUUCUAUAUAUUCUUCACUAUCUUGAGCAGCACAAUCAUCUGCUUGUGCAUAGUAUUGGAGAUUGCAAUUUCUAUAAUCCACUGUACUCCUUAUGCUGCUUUAUUUCUGUGGGUGACAAGGAGGCAAAGAUUUCCUGCUGGGUUAUUAUUCCUCCCCGUGUUGUUCUCGUCAGUUUCUACUGAUGAUGAUGAUGCUCUACCAGUUGAAUAUUGUUCAACCAGUGCAUCUGGUGAAAAGAAAACCGACAUCCAUGUACAUUCUGUACCGCUAGUUUCAGAACUUAACUGUAACUAUAACACACUUGGCCAAGUAAUUGGGCCACAUUACCAAAAAGUUUUCAAGGGUAUUGCUCUCCCUUUCUGCAAACAACUGGCACAUGGAAUCCUUAGGGGUGCAAGGAUCCCUACAACACUGCACCUGUUAUCUUCUCCCUACCCUUGGAUGCAUAUUGGCAUCAGAGAAUACUGGAUGCUCUGCCGCGGCGCAACCAAACAGGGACGGAAUUAAAGUUUUUAUUGUCCCGUCAAUGUUUGUUGCCCUUAGAAUUUUUCUUUAGCUGGCUAACACAGUAGUAAGGAAUGUUCUUAGUUGCAAAAUGUAAUGAUGUUCAGCGUGUCCACAAUGGACCUUUUGGCUUAGACUCUAGUUGCCUAACACAAUGACAGAUGUCUCAUUUUGUAAUUCAGUAACAAAUGUUGUUAGUUGCAAAAUUUUAUGAUAUUGACUAUUCUGUAGAACUGAUGAUUGUUGAAAUACAUCUGGAGUUGAGGAA